AGAGCAGCAGCAGCAAGAGCAACAGCAGCAAGAGCAGCAAGAGCAGCAGCAGCAAGAGCUCACACACAGAGAAUCGGACCUUUGAGCUGGAUGCCCUGGUGGCGGCUGUGGAUGGCAUUGCCCCGUCGUCUCGAGGUAGAGCAGAGGAGCUUGCUGCUGCUUCAUCUGCUGCGCCUGCUUCACCGACUUCGCUUGCCUCAUCGACGCUCUCGGCGCGGCCAGGAGCUACUGCCGAUCAGGGGUCUGUAGCAACGGCGGCGACGGCGGGCGAUGGCGCUCUAGUGGUCGUCGACUCGGAGUUGGCCCUGGCAGAGGCUGCAUUUGCGGCUGCUGUGGCUCCAGCCGUGGCAAGGGCUUCCGUGGAAGGAGCAGAUGCCGCAGUGGUGGUGGCUGCUGGCGCGCCGGCGCGGCUCUGGGCGCUGGGGAGAGACGAUGUUCUCGGUGGCGGGCCGCUGACGCCGUCCGGCGGCGCGGUGCACUACGCGGCGGCGGCGCUCCUCGAACGCGGUGCUCUUCGCAUGGCCAUGUACGAGAUUGGGAGCGGCGCGCCGCGCGACCUGGUUACGCGCGACCGGCUGCAGUCACAGCGAGCAUCGUCGCAUUACGCUGAUCCGGUGACGGUCCGCGGAGCUCAUGACGGGGAGCCGAACAACGCUGAGCACGUCAAGCCGCACCGGGCGGUGCUCGAGUACGACGAGGGACACACAACGCUGGCGGGACUCUCGCGAGUUGCUGUCGCCUCGGUCGACGAGGUCGAGAAUGUGCUCACGCUCGGGUACAUGAACGUGUCCCUCGAUCGCGAGACCUUGUCACCCGAGGCUCACCUGGUAGUUGUACUGAGCCUCGACCGCGGCGGCUCGGCGACCUUUGUUGUGGUUGCUGGAGUGGGCGGGCACGAGUCGCCGACAGCGCGGGCAGCGUUUGCCGAGGCGCGGCAUCUUGCCAUGUACGCCGGCUCGUUGGCAUCGCCCGACGGCAGCGGGCGGACGCCCGGCAUCGACUAUCGCUCGCAUUGGCUGACCAAGGCGCUGAUGCCUUCGUGGGCCGCCGGCGCCGUCUCGGCCGUCGUCUGUCUCAAUGGCGACCGCCGGCGGACCCCACUCGAGUUUUUUGCCGCGCAGCUGGCGGUCAACGUCGGCGCGGUCGCGCGCGCUUACGCCGUCCUCGACGAACUCGAGCCUUCGUUGCCGCCUACGCCUCAGCUCUCCUCCGCCGACGCCGCCAAGGCCAAGGCCGCACACACCCGGGCGCUGCUUGCUGAGCAGGAGGGCAUCAUCGCCGCACUGCGGGCGCAAGUCCGGGCACUUCAAGUCGAGAAGCGCGGCCCGCACGCCAUGGUGUACGCGACUCACGGCGAGGUGCCAGCGGUGAGCGAGACCGCAACUGGCACGCUCCGCACUGCCCUCCUCCAGGCAAAGCGCGAGAAGAUGCAGGUGCUGGUGACCCACCGCGAGCGGGUCGACGAGCUAGCCCGCGAGCUUGACGCGGCGCGAUUGGCGGCGUCGGACGGCGAGAACGAGGCCUCGCGUGCGCUCAUUGCCGAGCGCGAGCGGCGGUUCAAGGCCGAGCGCACCAUUGUGCAGCUUGAGGACGAGCUUCGCGAGCGCGCGACCCAGAUCGACUCUCUCACCCACAAGCUCGCGCGGCUGCAGCAACGGACCGACGAGCGUAUUGCCUCGCUGCAGGGCACCAUCCGAAGCCACAAGGCUGCGGCACUGGAGAAGCUCCGCGCUGCCGAGGCUCGUUACGACGAGCAGCGGGGCCAGGUGGAGGAGCUCGGCACACAGGUUGCCCGCCUCAUGAAGGUCGCGUCCAAGGCGCGCGCUCAGCGCGAUGAGGACACCCAAGUCGACGACCUUCUCGACCGCCUUGUCCCGCUCAUCUCGGAACAGGCAGCGCACCUCGGCUCGCUCGAGGAGCGUGUAGGCGCGCUCGUGGGCUCGGGCAACGCCGAGUCGUAUCCGUCGUUUGUUGCCGGCGUUGACGUUGACCUCGACAUCACGCCUCCCAUCCGCUCGCCAGAACGCUAGCGCUCGCUCCGAGACUUUACUCCUCGACGGCGCCGGCGCCCACCGCC